AUGGCCAACAUCAAAGUCCGACCCCCCGCUAACCGCUUCGUCGCCGUGGCCCGCAAGGUGUACAACCCGAUCGGAUUCUCCAAGGGCUACAACUUUGUCUUCUUCUUCAUAUUUGUUGGGGCGUUCACGGGGUUUACUCUUGCUCGACUGCAGUACCUCGCUCUCGACCGAAGCUGCACCACAGGAAGCGGAGACCAGCGGCCCCUCGAUUGCUACUACUACACUGAGGGAUCCGUGGACCGAGUCGGCAUUCUCCUGCACCUUGGCACCAUACUCCCCGCCGCCCUUCUCGCCUGUCUGCAGUUUGUGCCCGUCAUCCGCCGAACUUUUGUCCUCUUCCACCGCAUCAAUGGCUAUCUCAUCCUUGUCCUGAGUGUGGUAUCCACGGCCGGUGCCUUCAUGCUUUCACGACACGCCGUUGGUGGUAGGCUGGACGCCCAGAUGGUGAUCGGAACGGUCUCGGUUGCAUUCAUUGUCUCACUGGGCCUUGCCUACUACAAUGUUAAGCGCCUGCAGAUCGAGCAGCACAGGGCAUGGAUGCUUCGGGCCUGGUUUUAUGCCGGAUCAAUCAUCACAAUGCGGAUCAUCAUGUUCUUAUCAUCACUCAUCGUCAGCGACGACGGGUAUGACGUUCCCAUGCCCUGCGCCAAAGUAGCCGCUUUUACGGGAUCCCAUCAACAGACUCUUCAGAGCUUCCCCGAAUGCGACGUCUACUUCUCCCGGCAGGACGUAAAUAAGAUGGUUCUCGUCCCCGCAAGCAUGACGAAAAAUGGAGCCAACACUAUUGCCAUAAUGAGCAUGGCUUUUGGACCUGCACUAUGGCUUGCACUGGCGCUGCAUGCGGUUGGGAUUGAAGUUUAUCUUCAUCUCACGCCUGCCGAGGCGAACCGGUUGCGCAACGUCUCCUACCAACGGCAACUCGAGGCGGGGAUGAAGCACCCGGGCCGAGCGGGCCUUACUGCAGACAGGAUUGGGGACUCGCCGCUUUGGGUGCCUGGAACUCAGCAUGAACCGGCAAACGACUCGAGUGGCGAGAAGUGA